AUGAGCACUAAAUUCAAGGAAAUAAAUUUAAUGGUCGGAGAUAAUAUGGUAUUUUGUCGUCCUCAUCGUCGUGAGACUUGUCCCGAGUGCGAUUUGGAUUUUAGUUCGUUAAAUUCUCUUCACAAAAGCCUUUUAGAAAUAAAUGGAAACAUUCCUCCGCCGAACGCUGUAGAUGAAGGUUUAAUAAGAGAAGUUUUGAGAAUAAGAGAAGAAGGAAACAAACAUUUUAAAGCACAAAACUAUCACGAAGCAAUUAAAUUAUAUACGAUGGCAAUCGAAUUAGCAUUUAAGAGACCAGUGUGGGAGCCGCAUGAGAUAACAGCGCGAGAUGUUUCACUCUGUUUAUCCAAUAGAUCUGCCGCUUAUAUGGGAAUUAAUUCUUGGGUAAAUGCUUACGUUGACGCAGAGUGGGGAAUUAGUAUUAGACCUGAAUAUGUAAAAGGGUAUUUUAGAAAAGGCAAGGCCUUAAUGGCGAUGGGAAGAUACGAAGAGGCAAUAAUGGCAUUUGAAAGUGGCUUAGAACUUUCGCCGAAAGAUAAAAGUUUAGAAGACCUUCUUAAUGAGGCGAUAAAAUUGAGAGGAAAGGAUUGA